UCAUUAUCUGUUGAUGGAUGAAGUUUCCCGUGUUCUACAUAACAACGGCCAUGAAGUGCGAAUGUUCCUCCAGUUCGGGAAGGGCAUGCUCCCAGGUUACACAUUGCCCCCCAGCCCUUAUCCAGUCUCCACAUUUUCAUUUGAUGACAAAUAUCUUAAGGAAUUUCAGCAGCUUUUUGCAGACAGACAGAAAGAAUAUCUUGUCGGCAGACAUGGAUUACAGAACUUCCUAGCAUUUCUGGGCGAGCUUUCGUACCAGUGCAACAUCACAUUACACCAGUCAGAUGUCUUAAACUUCUUAAGGAAAGAGAAAUAUGACAUCGCAGUGGUAGAUGCAUUUAAUCCUUGCACUUUUCUGGUCUGUGAGAAGUUGGAAAUUCCGUACAUUGCAAUCUUUCCAGGAGGCUUUGGCAAUGCCUUACGGGUGGGAAUUCCCUCUCCACUGUCAUAUGUUCCACUAUUCCAGACUCAGCUCACUGACCGCAUGGAUUUCUUUGGACGUUUGAAAAACACUUUAAUGUUCUUUGGAUCUCACAUAGUGGAGAAAAAAACUGACUCCUUGUUUGACAGUGUGAUUGAAGAACAUUUUCCGGUGGGGUCCAGACCAUCCAUAGCUGACCUGCACCUGAAAGCCGAGCUGUGGAUAUAUAAUAUAGACUUUACCACCGAGUUUGCUCGCCCGCUUCUGCCUCACGUUCAGUAUAUUGGGGGAAUAUUGGCCAAACCUGCAAAACCUGUAUCACAAGAACUGGAAGACUUUAUAGCAGAGUCCGGGGAGUCUGGCUUUAUUGUAGUGACGCUGGGUUCUAUGAUAUCUUCAAUCCCAUUAGUGGAAUUUGUAAAGGAGAUGAAUGCUGGAUUUGCUAAAAUUCCUCAGAAAGUUAUCUGGAGAUUCCAGAGGUCACAGUGGCCAGAAGAAGUAGAAACUGCUCCUAAUGUGAAAAUCAUGGACUGGCUGUCCCAGAAUGAUCUCUUAGGACACCCUAAGGUCCGUCUUUUGGUGACACAUGGAGGACAGAAUAGUUUGAAUGAGGCAGUGUACCACGGAGUUCCUGUUUUGGGGAUUCCACUUUUCGGGGACCAGUAUGAAAAUGUGAUCCGAGUUAAAGCGAAAAACAUGGGAACAUUUAUUCCACCUGAUCAACUGAAGUCUGAAAACUUUGCACACACUAUUCUGGAAGUCAUAGAAAAUAAAAGCUACAAAGAUUCAGCAAUGAAGCUGAGCGCCAUCAGGAAAUCUCUCCCAUUCCCUCCAGACCAGCAGUUAUUACGGUGGGUGGAGCACAUCAUCCAGUCAGGAGGAGGCGGCCAUCUUCAUCCCUAUUCUUAUCAGCAGCCCUGGUAUCAGCAGUAUCUGCUGGAUGUCAUUUUAUUCAUCAGCGUCUGUCUCACUGUGACGCUCUACCUCAUUGUGACAUUAUUCAGGGUUCUCAUCAGGAAACUGCUCUCUCCUGGGAAACACAAACAACAUUAGCGCUAUGCAGCUGCUGGUUUGUGACACAGCGUCGGCACCAAGGUCACAUGGAGGGGGCAGCGCUGCUGACACAGAUGUGUCGUUUCUGGAUGACUGUGAAUGAUAAUAAACUGGUGCAAGUGUCACUUAGUGACGUCAUUAUGAGACUGUUCUCGGAAUUGCAGACAUUAAUUUUCAAUUUAUGAUCCAUAAUACUGUAGGAGGCAAACAUGGGGGUGGAGGGGGGAGUGACACGUUUAUACUCUUCCCUCCAUAUUUGUCCUUUGUCUGUCACUUAGCGCGGGUAUCUUCCAGGGGUCGUGCCCAGAGAAGGAGCAGGUGCAGCGAUGUGACUGUUGCCAUUCAGUGUUUGUGUCGCUCUUUAUCCUCCUCUGUGCACCAAUAUCCUCCACUACCUCAUCUUAUGCUCCGUAUUAUAACUGUAUAUUAUGC